AUGUCCGUUCAAGUUACUCCUGAACAACUAUCGGCACUUCGAGCAACUCUGCUCAAUACUUCAGGAUCAACCCCUUUGCACGAAAGGUUUAGGUCAUUAUUCAUGUUGAAAGCUGUUGGUGGGGAUGAAGUAGUGGAUAUAAUCGCGGAGGGCCUCAAGGAUCCAUCACCAUUACUGAAACAUGAACUAGCUUAUGUCCUCGGACAACUACUCAACCCAAGAGCGUUACCAAUUUUGAGUCAAGUCUUGAUAAAUCCAACAGGAGAACAUUGUUCCAUGGUUAGACACGAGGCCGCAGAGGCUUUAGGUGCAUUAGGUUCAUUAGAAAGUUUACCUGUAUUACAAAAAUACCUGAAUGAUCCUUCGAGAGAAGUGAGAGAGACUUGUGAGAUCGCAGUUGGGAAAAUCGAAUUUGAUAACUCAAAACAAGGUAAAGAACGUAAAUUGAACCCCGACUUCCCCACCAUCGACCCAGCACCUUCAGCUACUCCGUUAGGACAAGUAUCGAUACCAUCUUUGAAAGCAGAUUUGCUCAACACGUCAUUACCACUUUUCGAGAGAUAUAGAGCGAUGUUCGCUUUGAGGGAUUUUGGCGCUGCUAGUAAAGAUGCAGUUGAAGCUUUAGCCGAUGGAUUCAUCGAUGGAUCAGCUUUGUUCAGACAUGAGAUCGCUUAUAUAUUCGGUCAAUUGUCAUCACCUUAUUCAAUCCCAUCUCUCUUAAGCAGAUUGAGAGAUGAUAAAGAAGAUGAUAUGGUGAGACAUGAAGCCGCUGAAGCUUUAGGUGGAAUUGCAAGUGAUGGAGUCGAGGGAGAAGACCAAUCGUCUCUUCCGGUAGAUCAACAACUCCCUCAAGGAGGGGUUUUGGCUGUGUUGAGAGAAUGGGCAAAUAAGCAACAAGCUCCUAUCGUAGUGAGAGAAAGUUGCCAAGUAGCUAUUGAUAUGUGGGAGUACGAGAAUUCAACAGAUCAAUUCAAUCCUUUGGACUCAAUGACCUCAUCUGCGACUAAUGAGAAGAUAAACAGUACGGGAAUGGAGAGAUCAGCCCAUGCAGCUAUAGCCGCUAUGACAGUGGCUUGA